GACCGUAGUUCAUUCCAGAUUCCUAGAAGUUACUUUUGAGGCCUGGUUACUGAGUUACAAGGAGCUCUAACGAAUUUUGUCCAAGUCACUUUUGUUGAUCUAUGCGUAGCAUUUCACAGUUUAUUGAUUCAGUUUAUAAAGGGUUAAAUUAUGCCGAAGCUAGGGAAAAAGCAGUCUGUUUUAAAGCAGGGAAUUUCAAGAAAGCGUAAAGGGUUCAAAGGAGUUCAAAAACAAGCGAAAAGAGCGGCAAGCGCAACGAGCGAACGAAGGGUAAAUAUCACGUUCGUCGGUGAAGAUGACGUGGUAAGCGAAAUGAUUCCACCGCCUGCAAUCCCGGUUUCUGCGCGAAAAAUCGGCGCUUGUGCUAUUGAUACGUCUCUGUGGGAUGAAAGUAUUCCAGAUGAUCUGGAAAUUGCUGAAGGAUAUUGUGCCUCCGCGAAACAUGCUAUCAUGGAGAAGGUUGGGCUCACUGUGAGUGAUACUGCCAAAAUGGAAGCUAGGAGAAGGGAUUCAGAGAGAAUUAAACAAGCAGAGAAGAGAGUGCAAGAUCAGCACAAGAAAUACAGAGUUACCAGGAGACAGGCUAAACAGCAUAAUGAAGAUCUAAGGAUUCGUGGCGAGGGUGUAACUUAUGCAGCUGGAGCUUUUGGAGAAAUAGAACCUUGUAAUGGACCCAAAAAGAGGAAAACUACUCAGAAGACCAAAAAAUAACUUUAGGGAUAUUUCUUUUAAAGCAGUUCUACCAACACACUGUGUUUUUUUAUUGUAAAAGCUAACUUGAACCCAUGUUUCCAUAACAUUUCCUUUUAAAUCACAUUUCCUGCAAAUAUGGGUUUUUCAUGAUUAUUUGGGUGCCCCCUUAAAUUUCUCAGGAUGUAUUUGUGCUAACAGCUCCGAAUUUGCCACAAAUAUUUGAGACAUAACAUACUACAAACCUAUUGAGCAAAAUUCAGUUUGACUGAAAAGUGUUGAAGUUUUGAGGAGUUAAUCUUUUCUUGGAAUGAAUUCGUUGCCAUGGCAACAUUAAUGAUUGAAACCCGAUUUUGCUCAAUAGGUUUGUAGUGCUUUCUAAGUAGAUCCAUGAUGCUUAAAACCAGCCCAAUUGGAUGUAUUUUGAGCUUUGAAUUUGAGGGGGCAGAAGAAUAGUUUAAAAUGAUAGAGUUUUUGUUUUUGUUUAUUAUUUACUAGGAAUAAACAAACCUGGUCAACUUUACUUGUUGGCUGGUAGGUACUGGGUCAUGUACUUGCCUCCUGCCAAUUUUCAGCAGUUUACUAUUAAUGAUUAUGAUUCUGUGACUGUUCUAGUUAUGACCUUCUUUACUGUUGGAUUUCAA